AGCAUGUCAACAACAAAUAAACCAACCAAACGUGUCGAAUGCAUUAACUCCAGCAACAGUUGUGUUUGUAUUGAGAAUCAGAAUCUCAAUUUUUCUGCCAACACUUUAACUGGCAAUACUAAUGAAGCUGAUGUAACUUUGCCGUUUGUUUUGGGCUUAAUCUUGGCAACUUCCAUAGUCAUCAACAUCGUAAUGGGGAUCGUUGUCUGUUGGGUCGUGGCUAGGUACAAGCGUCUCAACAGAGAGAAGAUGAAACCCGUGUCAUUUGUAGACAGCUUCAUCUUCGACCUGAACCACACGCCCGACCCCUGUCAGCCAAACACCAGGGCUAAUGAAGACACAGCAGGACAAGUACCCCUUAGAGGUCAACAAGACACAAUCGCGUACAAUGGUACAACAGAACUGACCUACUCUUACAUUGACCAGGUUCAAACCCAGAUGAUGGAAUCUUCAGACUACGAUGAUGUUGAUGUCAGCGCAUUGCCCGGAGGUCAGGUCAAGGUCAAAUCAGAUGACCCUGUGAAAUCAGCCCCACCCUCCCAGGACUGUUCAGACCCACACUCCACGUAUCACCACCUGUGGGCGCAGAAUGGACAAUUAAAUAUGGUGGACACUGUCUACGGUGACAGUAGCACCUGUAGUGUAGACAGUGAAGGGGAUUCCCCUGUGUGAAAUUUAUCUUUUUAAGCC